GCGAUGGGGGGGGGGGGGGUUCUGCCUUGCAGCCUUCAGGCAUGCAGCAGAUGGUUUGCAAAUAUGGAGAUGCUGUUGAAGGUACCUUGACCUGUUGCUUAGGAUGAAGGAAGAUGCAAAGCAAGCUGAUUGGGAUUGGAAUUGUGAAAAUUUAUAAUGCAAAUUCAUGCCUUCGAAACUUGUGCAUAACUGUGCAAAUUCACAACUCUGAAACUUGUGUGUUCCCCAGGAAAGGAACAGAAUUAAUAGCAAUAAAUCAGUAAAGCCUGCUCUCUAACAGCUGUUCUCCAUAAACAAUUGCUGGAGCUUGUGUUAAAAUACCUUUGACUUGGAGCAGCGUUCUGUCUUGGCUUAUCUGAGCACGUAGCUCUCAGUAUCUGCACUGCCACUGGAGCUCUUCACCGGUCUGAAUUGUACACAAGUUUUACCCAAUAAAACCAGAAAAGACAAAAUGAUGAUUUUCAGGGCGCAGGGAGCUGCCUGGGGAGGCAUUACCCAACCUGAGCGCUGCUGUGGCUCCUGGGGGGCUGCUGCGGUGAUGUCGUGCUGCUGGGUCCAGCUGGACGUGGUGGGUGCAGAUCUCAGCUCUGGGCUGGGCUGAGUUAUCGCAGUGCUUUCAUGGAUGAAGAUUGUGUUGCUCGAGGUUGAUGCAGUUCCGGCUUGUUUUGUAGACCGCUCUGUUACAUUUGCGCUGCCUAUGCUGAGCAAUGAGAUGUGCACAAACCUCUGCCUUUCUGCUUUGCUCCACGCUUUACUCAAGGACGCAUCGUGUGCUGACGAGCUCCUCACCUCAGAUAAAAAUACCUGAAAGCAGGGUUUGGUCUGAACAUUCCUGGCAGGAAAGCUGCGCUCCCAGCCUUGGCUCACUCCCCCCCCCCCCACCCCUCAGCGUUUCCCGCCGCUGCCCCUCAGCUUCCCGCCGCCAUGUUUAAGGGCUGCCAGGCCUGGUUCUCCCACAGCGUCCAGCCCGGCCCCCGGCAGCUGUGGGUGGCUGGCGGAGGGCUGCUCACCCGCUGGCAGGACGCCGACUAUCUCUUCAGCAGCGAUGCUGCUCACCCCGAUACCCGCAGCAUACAUGAGAGCCUGCAGUACCUGGAUGGCAGAGCUACAGUGUUCCAUCCCUGUUACCUCUCAGCAUGGCUGAACAGCAGCACUGCCAAGCAGCAGCCCGUGGCUCUGGGGCACUUCGUGCUGCCCCCUGCCUGCCUGCAGGAAGAAAUCAGGAGAAAAAUAGGUAGAUUUCCUUGGGAGCAGAUGGAUGAUUCCCUUGUGGAACAGCCUGAAGAAAAUCUGUCUGAUGAACCAGAGACAGUGAGCAAGGAGUGUGAGCAAGGAGCUGGGGAGGAUGCACAGAACCUACCUGAAAGCAGUGAAGGAAAAAGGGGCUCAAGAGCAUCCAGCCAGGAGGAAGUUCCAUGCCAUGCACUCCAGGAAUACCCGAUAAAUAACAUGGUGACAGGCUACACCUCUGCCCGUGACAUGAGGAAAUACACUGGAGAACUACACGACUUCACUCCUGGCACCGCGGGUUGCACCGCCUACUGGGUUCAUCAUGAAAUCAGCCUAAAAAAAUUCUAAGUAACAGGCAGCUGUUCUCAGCAAAACCUUAACUGAGCUCUGCCCAACACCAUCAGCCAGCUAUGGCAGUCCAGUUCUGUUUACCAGCAUCCUGUGGUUGCUACAAGUAACGCUGCCUUCCCUGCCUUCCUGCAGAUUGACCGUUAUUCCAGUGCGCAGCCUUUGUUAUCACUGCAUUUUAAUUACAGCGAAGAGAUUGGUGACACUGAGCUGCAAAUUCCAAGUUAAAUCCCUGCGGUGCUUGAGGGAGCUCUAACCUAUCUGUGUUUGGUUUAUCCUCGUGACAGCUCAGUACACUUUACAUACCUGCCUGCGUUUGUUGUAAACGUUUUUUUUUCCUAACUAUUGAAAGCAAAUUCCACAGCAAACAUAAAUACAGGUGUU